GGUUGGGAGAUGCUUACUUCAGAGUUCUUAUGCUCUUCUUCCUAUUUUCAUUCAGUUACAGGAAAACACACCUCUUCCAAGCUCAGUUAGAUUCAAAGCUGGUUGCUGUCACCCUUUCAUUGGCUCAAUACCUUCCCAGGUUUUCUUUAGGAGUCUCUUCAUCUUAUGACAUACAUAGUUUGUUAGGGCAUAUGUGCAUUAGAGUUGUAAUUCUUUCUCUACAGUUAUAUUUCUUUGUCUUUUUGGCAGGAGCUUCUUGGAACCUCUUUAAGUUCAGAGUUUUAACUCUUCUUUUUAUUCAGUCCAGUUUCUGUGCUAUUCCUUCAAUUUUAUUAGACUUCUAUCAGAAACCAAAGUCUGUUUUCAAUAAGUCUAUCCUGUUCUUUAUAGUUAAAGUUUAUAGUACGCAAAACAGUCUGUGAUGGGGUGUCAGCCCCACACUGGCCCAAGAGGGAUUAUAAGGGGCCUAAGGCAGCUGUGCCAAGAGUGGCCAAUCAGAGAACAGCAGCCAAUCAGGACCAGCAAGCCAACAUAAAAGAGGGCUGCAGAGAAGAGCAGUUCCAUCCAGUCGCUUCAGGGAGCCCAAGGUGUGAGAACUGAGUUCCUGCUGGGCUGAAGCAACUUCAAUACCAGGGACAGCUCAGCAGCCAGUAGAGAUCCCAGCGGCAGGGGAGAACUCUUGGCUGGCUGCCAAGGCUGAGCAAACAGGUUCUGAGGUGAUGGCGAAGCUAGUGCUGAGGCUGGAGGAAUUUUGGCAGCAGUGGACCUAAGUAGAGGGAUGCAGGAGGAGGCUGUCAUUUGUAGAGUCCCUGGGUUGGGGCCUGGAGUAGCGGGUGGGCCCUGGCUCCCUCACAUUAGCCAUUGGGGAAGUGGCUGAGAAUUUAAGAAUGCUGGACUAUGAAGCCAUACUCCCAGAAGGGGGAGACAUAAAUAGUGACAUGGCUGGAGGGCCAAGCCAUGAAGAGGAUGCCAUAGUUCCUGAGGUGGUGAGAAGGGCUGCAAGCAGAGGCAGUGAUGGUGCACGGACCACUGACGGGGACAUCAGCCUCAGAGUUAAUCCCCAAAGAGACCAGAAGGAGGUGCUGGAACACGAUGCCAGAUCUUCAGGAGAAUUUUCAACAGGAAGAAUGUGGAACGAUGUAUGGAAGUUGGAUUUCUUAAAGCGUCAUCUGUCAAAAUCCAGAAUAACUGCUGCACUCUGCAAUGGAACCUCUGGAAGCAACAGCUGUUUUCCUGGUGAUUUGUAUCCCUUCGCUUCUUUUCCUUUUGGCAUGGAGAAAGGUGUCUGGAAGCGGGAGGCUGCCUCCUGGGCCUGUAGCUUUUCCCAUCAUAGGGAACACGCUGCAGCUGAAUAUGAGGAAUUUGCCCAAACAUGUGGAGGAGCUAUUGUUUUCAGCAAUGGGGAGCAGUGGAAGCAGCUUCGCCGAUUUGCCCUCACUAAUCUGAGAAAUUUUGGGAUGGGGAAGAAAAGCAUUGAGGAGCGUAUCCAGGAGGAAACCCGUUUUCUAGUGGAAAGACUCAGAAACACACAUGGGCAGCCCUUUGACCCCACCCUCUUCCUUACUCACGCCGUCUCCAACGUCAUCUGCUCCAUCAUCUUUGGGGACCGGUUUGACUAUGAAGAUAAGAAGUUUGUUACUUUAAUUAGUCUUGUACAAGAAAAUGACAAGCUCCAGCGCUCUCCCUGGACAGCGCUGUAUGUUUUUUUCCCGACUUUUAUGGAUUACAUCCCUGGUCCUCACCAGGGGUUAUUUAAAAAUGCUCAGGAGUUCAGAAGAUUUGUUCUGGAGAGAGUGAAGAUGCACAAAGAGUCUCUGGAUUCCAACUGCCCUCAAGACUUUAUUGAUGCUUUCCUCAUCAAAAUGGAAGAGGAGCAUAAGAAUGUCCAGUCAGAAUUUAAUGUGGAAAGUUUGAUACGAAGCACAGUAGAAUUAUUUAUCGCUGGAACAGGGACAACCAGCAUCACUCUGAAAUAUGGACUCCUGAUUCUUCUGAAAUAUCCAGAAAUAGAAGACAGUGUGAUACAAUGGUGGCAAAUCUAUGGAAAUCCUCCUUUACCAUUAUUGUUAAGCCUCAUUAAUCUGAUGACAGAGAAAGUUCAUGAAGAGAUUGACCGUGUGAUUGGCCAAAGUCGAAGCCCCUGCAUGGCGGAUCGAAGCCAGAUGCCCUACACAGAUGCUGUGGUACAUGAAAUCCAGAGGUUCUUCACUUUUGCCCCGUUAGGUGUUCCACGUGCUGUGACUAGAGAUGUUCAUCUCAAACAGUACCUUAUUCCCAAGGUAAAUUAA